GAACCGUCCAUAACCUUCACGAUGGACGAAUACGACGCGUACGAAGACGAGCUAUACAAGGAUACCGCAGAAGAACAGUCCCCCUCCGAGGACGAGAUCGACAGCGAAGUCGAAGAAGAUAUUUUGGCGCAUGUUUAUUACACGACGGAUGCGAAGGGAGAGGAAGGGAAGAAUGAGGAGGACCAACCGGCGCGGAAGCGGAGGAAGACGGAUGAUGAUUUGCCGCCGCCGUUGUCGCCGUCCUCAGGUUCAGGGUCCGCGGGCAAAGACACCAACACUGAGUCCACGAAUGGCACGAACGAGGAAACAACCGACGUCGUUCGCCCAGCUGACACAGACAUGGACAGCGACACCGCCAUCAUCCGCCCCAGUUCGCCCGCCAGUCCAAGCCGCGCCCUCUCUCCCGUCCUGACCCGCCGCAUCAACCUCGACUCCGAAACUUCACCUCCCCCCUCCCUCCUCAAAGUCGCCGUCGGCGACGACGAAGACGCAGAUGCCAUGACAGACCUCAUCCGCUCCCAAGCCCACGGCCGCUACUUCGCCGACCCCGCCUACCUCCCCGAACAAGCCAAAGGCCCCAAAUGCCACAAUUGCGGUGAACACGGACACAUGGCAAAGAAUUGUUCGAUUAAACGGUGUAUGACUUGUGGUGUUGUUGGGGAGCAUGAGACGUGGCAUUGUCCGAGUACGAGAAUGUGUAAUAACUGUGGUGGGCCUGGACAUUUGGCGAGACAUUGUCCGCAGCCGAGGAAGAGUCAUGUUGGGUGUAGUUAUUGUGGGAGUAGACGGCAUAUGGAUGUUGCGUGUCCACAAAUCUGGCGAUGCUACGUCUCUGCCAAAAACCCACCGCAAGAUUUCGAACCGAAUGUGUGGUGCUACAAUUGUGCUGCGCCGAAUCAUUAUGGCGAUGAUUGUACGUUCGCGAGAAGGGGACCACAACAACAAUUAGAGCCCAGCGCGUUUUGUAUUGGGAACGUGCCGCAGAGUGAGGGUAUGAGACGCAAGAUGCAGCAACGCGAUCAACAGUCGCGCGAACGCGAACGACGGGAUCGGGAGGAAGAAGAGAGGGAAAAUUGGUUCGCACGUCAGGACGCGAAUCGGAAUCGGGACCAACGACAACCACCUCGGGGUCCACGUGGGAACGGCGGCGAUAGUUACCGACCCCGAGACCGAUCUCCACCGCGAAGACGGAGGUCGAGGAGUCCGCCGCACUAUAAUGAUAGGAGGGAGGAGGCGAGGUAUGGACGUGGAUCGGCUGCGUCGAGGUAUGGGAGGAAUGGAGGGGGUGGUGGCGGAGGAGCGUAUGAGAGGGGUGAUUUCCCGAGGGGUGGAGGGAGGGACAGGAGGGGUGGAAGUGGUGGUGGUGGGCUGAGUUUUGCUGAUCGGAUUUCGAGGUAGAGGGGGUUUGGCGGGUUCGGUGCAUUGUGUGGGUCUGGGAAGGGGGACUUGUGUUUUGCAUGCCUCAUAAGACUUACGGACACCUUGGUUCAAUUUACAUUGUGGUCAUUGUUCGC